CUGUCUGAAACACACUAAUUCCACACAUCCCAGAAUUUGAAUUAUCAGUCAACAAAAUAAUUUUAUCGGACAAUACGUGACGUCCCUAACGUCCCCAGAGAGGCAAAGAAAUUUAGUGAGAAACUUCUGAGUUUCUGAACAUUUCUAGCAGUGACCAGCCCAAAGGUGCGUAACAGUUAACGUGUCGCUGGAGCUCAGUACCAGUUAGCUAGGCAAGCUAACUCAAUACAGACGGACAUGGCAGCGCCGUCAGGCUCGCGCAAUGCUGACAGUAAUAGCACCGGGAUGGAGGGCUUCCCUUUCCCUGCACCCGUCAAACAGUCUGAGGAAAGCUCAGGUAAAGAGCAGGGUGAGGCCGCAGGAGUGAGAAAGAAGCCGUGCAGAGCGUGUACAGAUUUUAAGUCCUGGAUGAAAGUUCAGAAGAAACAGACGGCCUCGGUCACAGCACAGGCAACUGAGGAGAACGAGAAACCCGUGGAGUGCCCCCUAGACAGACAAGAGCUUGGGAGGAGUACGUGGUCUUUUCUCCACACUAUGGCGGCCUACUACCCUGAUACACCCACCACAGCACAGCAGCAAGAAAUGACUCAGUUCAUCAACCUGUUUUCAAAGUUUUUCCCCUGUGAAGAAUGUGCUGAGGAUUUACAAACAAGACUGAAAACAAACCAGCCGGACACCAGCAGCCGCCACAAUCUCUCACAAUGGCUGUGUCGUGUCCAUAAUGGCAUUAACAUCCGAUUAGGCAAGCCAGAGUUUGACUGCAGCAGAGUGGACGAGCGGUGGAGAGACGGCUGGAAAGAUGGCUCUUGUGAUUGACACUGGCAUACCCUGCACAGCUGACCCACCAGGAAAAAUAAAACAGACCUAUCAGUUAUUUUGAUCUUGUACCCUUUGGUCAUAAUAAUUGUAACUGGUAGUGGCCAUUAUGUGUCACGUAAGUGUGUUAUACAUGAUGAAUAAUAUGUAUGACUGGCUCAGUACAAAGAUGUUGUAUAUUUUCACUGAUGUAUUUGUAAUUCAGUCUGUUUGCCUGUAAAGAUAAUUAACUCUA